UUUCUUAGAUUUUAAAAUUUUAAAUUGAAUUGUCCUGUGGAAUUGUCCCUAUUUAUUUUAAGAUUUACCUCUACGAUAUUAUUACUAUUUAUCAUCUCAGUUAUUUUUCCAAUUAAAAUAAAGGAUCGGGCGUCGACGAACGUCGUUGAACCACGUCUGACUCAGGUGGUCUAGAAGUGGUACAACUACACUACUGGCAAUUUCCAAUUUAAUCGAAUUAUCAUCAGAUAUAAAACGACCGAGUCGAAACGAAAGAAGUUACAAUAUAAAAUCUAGUCACAUUUUUUUAAUAUAUCAUUUUAUUUUUUAAUCGAAAAUGAAAUAACUAGAUGCUUAAGUACUAUACAGAUUGAUAAUCUGUAAAAUAUUACAUUGUACUUAUUAAGUGUAUAUAGUUAAUAUAUAUUAAGCUAUUAAUAAACAUGCAAAUACUAAAGGCUAGAUACGCACUAAGGGUGUCGGCUACCCAGCUGCAAUCGUGGUCUAUCAGAAGCCGUACUGCAACAACUGAAAGAAAGCCAGUCGAAUACAAGCCGAUAAGGAGUGUACUGGUCGCGAAUCGAGGUGAAAUCGCUAUCAGAGUGUUUCGAGCAUGCACCGAACUGGGCAUCCGGUCCGUCGCUAUUUACAGCGAGCAGGAUCGUCUACAGAUGCACAGACAAAAAGCCGACGAGUCAUACUUAGUCGGCAAGGGCUUACCGCCGGUGGAGGCAUAUCUUAACAUCCCGGAUAUCAUCCGAAUAGCGAAAGAAAAUGACGUGGACGCAAUUCAUCCUGGUUACGGACUGCUGUCUGAAAGGUCAGAUUUUGCUCAUGCCACCAUCGAUGCCGGGCUUCGUUUCAUUGGACCUUCGCCCCAUGUGGUACAACAGAUGGGUGACAAAGUCGCCGCCAGGAAAGCCGCCAUCGAAGCAAAGGUUCCAAUUGUUCCCGGCACCGACGGCCCUGUAACUUCAAAAGAAGAUGCCCUUCAAUUCUGCCAACAACACGGUCUUCCAGUUAUAUUUAAGGCAGCGUACGGAGGGGGUGGGCGCGGCAUGCGCGUCGUGCGCGAGAUGAGCGAGGUGGCGUCGGCCUUCGAGCGCGCCUCCUCGGAAGCACUGGGCGCCUUCGGCAACGGCUCCAUGUUCAUCGAACGCUUCAUCGAGAGGCCGCGGCACAUUGAGGUGCAGCUGUUGGGUGACAAAGCAGGCAAUGUAGUGCACCUUUAUGAAAGAGACUGUUCGGUGCAGAGACGUCACCAGAAGGUCGUAGAAAUUGCCCCAGCUCCAAGAUUAGAUCCAGAGGUUCGUCAGAAGAUGGUGGACUGUGCUGUGCAUUUAGCUAGGCACGUUGGUUACGAGAAUGCUGGCACCGUUGAGUUCCUUUUAGAUGACAAGGGCAAUUUCUAUUUCAUCGAAGUUAACGCGAGAUUACAGGUAGAACACACAAUAACAGAGGAAGUGACUGGCAUAGAUCUUGUCCAAUCACAAAUUCGCAUCGCAGAAGGGCUUACCCUCCCAGAGAUGGGCCUCACACAGGACAAAAUCAAGACGCAGGGUUACGCUAUACAAUGCCGAGUUACCACCGAAGACCCAGCAAACAACUUCCAGCCCAGUACCGGAAGGAUUGAGGUGUUCAGAUCAGGCGAAGGCAUGGGUAUCCGUCUCGAUUCUGCCUCCACGUAUGCCGGUGCAAUUAUCUCUCCUUAUUACGAUUCGUUACUUGUUAAGGUGAUUUCUCACGCUCAUGACCUCGCAUCGUCUGCAGCUAAGAUGAAUCGAGCUCUCCGAGAGUUUCGUAUUAGAGGUGUCAAGACGAACAUCCCCUUCCUGCUUAACGUGUUGGAAAAUCCAAAGUUUCUGAGUGGCGCAGUGGACACGUACUUUAUCGACGAAAACCCCCAACUGUUCAUGUUCAAGGCUUCGCAGAACAGAGCCCAGAAGAUUCUAAACUACCUCGGCUAUGUGCUCGUUAACGGGCCAGCGACGCCAUUAGCCACAAACAUACCGCCAUCCGACGUCAAGCCGUAUAUACCGCCUGUACCACUCGACCUUUCCCCCGAGGCAGUAAAAAGACAGGAAAUGACUGGUGAAAACACAGCGGUGCAGCCACCCAAGGGGUUCAAGCAGAUCCUGGACGAGGGCGGGCCCGAGGCGUUCGCGCGCGCGGUGCGGGCGCGCGCGGGGCUGCUGCUGAUGGACACGACGUUCCGCGACGCGCACCAGUCGCUGCUGGCCACGCGCGUGCGCACGCACGACCUGCUGGCCGCCGCGCCCUACGUGGCGCACCACUUCAGCAACCUCUACGCGCUCGAGAACUGGGGCGGCGCCACCUUCGACGUCGCGCUACGGUUUCUACACGAAUGCCCUUGGGAGAGACUGGAAGACAUGAGACGGUUGAUCCCCAACAUUCCGUUCCAGAUGCUACUGCGCGGAGCCAACGCUGUUGGAUACACCAACUAUCCUGACAACGUAGUUUACAAAUUCUGUGAUAUGGCCGUGAAAGCUGGUAUGGAUAUCUUCCGAGUUUUCGAUUCCCUCAAUUACCUUCCCAACUUGAUCCUCGGUAUGGACGCCGCUGGUAAAGCGGGUGGUGUCGUCGAAGCUGCUAUUUCCUACACAGGAGACGUCUCCGAUCCCACCAAGACGAAAUACGACCUGAAAUAUUAUUUGAACUUGGCAGAUGAAUUAGUUAAAGCCGGAACUCACAUAUUGGCAAUCAAGGAUAUGGCUGGAUUGUUGAAGCCUCGUGCCGCUAAGUUACUAAUCACGGCGAUCCGGGACAAGCACCCGUCGGUGCCGAUCCACGUGCACACGCACGACACGUCGGGCGCGGGCGUGGCCUCCAUGUUGGCGUGCGCGCACGCAGGCGCCGACGUCGUGGACGUGGCCGUGGACGCCAUGUCCGGCCUCACCAGUCAGCCCAGCAUGGGCGCCAUCGUCGCCUCGCUGCAGGGCGACCCCCUACACACAGGUAUACCCCUGCAGGUAGUAUCGGAAUACUCGGCUUAUUGGGAACAAGCGCGAACUCUCUAUGGACCCUUCGAAUGCACAGCCACAAUGAAAUCUGGCAACGCGGACGUUUAUAUGAAUGAAAUACCCGGGGGACAGUACACCAAUCUUCAGUUCCAGGCCUUCUCUCUAGGAUUAGGCAGCCAGUUUGAAGAAGUUAAAAAAGCAUACAGGGAAGCCAAUCUCUUACUCGGUGAUAUAAUUAAGGUUACACCUUCAUCGAAAGUAGUUGGCGAUUUGGCUCAAUUUAUGGUGCAAAACAAAUUAACUGCUAAAGAAAUAGAAGAGAGAGCCGAGGAACUUUCUUUCCCCAAGUCUGUCGUUGAGUUCCUUCAAGGUGCUAUUGGCAUUCCUUAUGGAGGUUUCCCUGAACCACUAAGAUCCAAAGUACUGAAGGACAUGCCCAGGAUAGAAGGCCGACCUGGACAAGAGUUGCUACCUCUUGACUUCGACAAAUUAAAGAAGGACUUAAAGGAAUCCUUCCCAGAUGUAUCAGAUCAAGAUGUGAUGUCAGCUGCAAUGUACCCGCAGGUUGCAAACGAUUUCUUCCGCAUUCGAGACAAAUAUGGACCGGUCAAACACUUGGACACAAAGACAUUCCUCGUUGGGCCAACGGUUGGAGAAAGAAUCGAAGUUACUAUCGAGCGUGGAAAAACUCUAGACAUAAAGAUUCUGGCAGUGUCAGAAGAAAUGACCGCGGCCGGCGAGAGAGAGGUGUUCUUUGAACUGAACGGUCAACUGCGAUCGGUCUUUAUCCGUGACGAGAAUGCUAGCAAGGAAAUGAAAAUCCACCCAAAGGCUGUUAAAGGCAACAAGGAUCAAGUUGGUGCUCCUAUGCCCGGAACCGUUCUCACGAUUAAAGUAAAGGAAGGAGACAAAGUGGACAAAGGUCAACCAAUCGCGGUCCUGUCGGCCAUGAAAAUGGAAAUGAUAGUACAAGCGCCCAGAGCGGGAACCAUCAAGUCUGUAUCCAUCACAAACGGUCAGAAGUUGGAGGGUGACGACCUGAUCUGCACCAUUGAGUAAAAAAUCAAAUAUUAGUUUAUGCAAAGUUGUUACUUAUUUAAAUAUUAUGAUCAUAUCUAUUGUCUCAAAAACAUAUGCAUAGCUUUUAUACUUACUGGCACAAAACGUAUUUAUUUAUCAACUGUGAUAUAAAAAAAAACUCUGAAUCGUUUAUUUAACUGAAUUAUUUUAUUUAUAUAAAAGUCAGUAACUAUUAAAAUACAUAAGUUUUAUCGUAUGGUAUCCAAACAUCUCACAACUAACUUUAUCACAACUUGUGUCCAAAAAAAUCGAAAAUUGUGUUUAUAACAAAAAUCAAUUAUUAUUUUAAAAUAAUACUGAUAUAAUAUAUAAAGUUCGGUCCUAAUAUUAUGUUGAUUUAUGGCCACCAUACUUAUAAAAAAUUGUAAUUUAAUUCGGUAAACAUGGUAUUGAGAGCCAAAAAUAUCUGGCGAUAAACUUAUCUAAUAAAUACUUAUUUACGCUUAGAAAAUAUAAAAAGACAUAAUAUGUGGCGUCAAUUAUGCAUUUCAGUUAAUACUGUCAGGGUAAAAAUCUUAAUAAUUUUUCAAAUUACAUCUAAAACCAAUUUGGCGCGCAUAUACUAAUACACAUCUAUCACAAAUAUUAUAGGCAAUGUUUUAUUGCGGUAUAAAGAUUGAAUAUUAUUGUUAUAAAGUGAGUUAAACUCAUAAUAGUCCACAAAAACCGAAGUUUGUCAAAUUUGUGAAUUUUAUAAAUAAAACUGUGAUAGUGUAACAUCACUAUGCAAUAGUAUCCAAUUUAUUUUUGUCUAUAGACUAUAGAUUAUGAGUAAGCCUGUUUCCAGCAGUGGGUCAUUUAAGAGUUGUAACUUUACUUUUUCAUGCGCAUUAUGUAAUUGAUGUAAACAUUUUCAAAGACUUUGAUAACACACAGAUACAGUGUUAGAAUAGAAAACAAGAGACUACAUAACAAAAUUAUCGAUAUGAAAGAUAAUUAGUAAAUAUUUCGGACUGCAGUUUCGUCGUAUAUAGAUAGAAGGCAUAAUGAUGUCUGAAAAGUAUAGACUUUUCAGACAUCAUUAUGCCUUCUAAAUUAUACUUUGUCACAGUAUGGUACAAAUAUAGAUUGUAAAAUAAAAUGAUGAUUCAAAUUUUGAUUAUUUUUAUAUAGUUACAAUUUGUAACUUAGCACUUAGAAAAUAGACUGCUUGGUCCUAUAAAGACAUUUUGACGCUUUUAAUGUCCUUUCAAACAGACUAAAAGUCUAAAAAAUCUGGUACUAAAUUUAAAGUUAAGUAAGCUUAAUUUGUUGAUGUCUUGUUGCAGCAACCACACUAAGUUUUUUAGCUUCUAAAUUAAAUUUAAAAUUUUAUGUUUUUUUUUUAUAUUGUAUAUCGUUUGGAAAUAUCUUUAAUGAAAAUCUCUAUAAUAAGGAAUCAUUUUUAAUUGAAAUCAAAUGUUAACAAUGUUCUAGUGUGGAUGUCCUCUUAUUAUUUUGUUGAAUUUUUUUUAUAAAUAACCGGUGCUCAUUGUUAUUAUAAUUCAUUGUUAUUUUUAUGUUUAUAAUAUCGAUAAUAAAUUAU